AUGCAAAAUCUUUGUUGUCGUUUCGUUAUUGUAAAUGUUCCACGCGAUCUGUCUGUAAUUGAACGUGCUAUACCACUAGCUAUAUUUCAAUCAGUACAAUCAAUACGUAAUCAUUAUAUAUAUAAAUGGUUAUAUCUUUCAACAGUUGAUAAUCUUGAUAUACAAGAUAUACUUGAUUGGAAUUGCUAUAUUGAACGUUUUAAUAGUUACAUACAAAAAAUCAUGACUAUUCCAGUUAUAUUACAAAAUAUUCGUAAUCCUUCAGGAUUACAACGUAAACGUGAUGAAUUAAUUGAUGAAUCAAUCAUACGUCAAUGGGGAAUUGUUCUUGGUCCACUACCAUUAUUUGGACAAACAACAAAUGAACAUAUUAAAUGGCUCAAUUAUCAAAAACAUAAAUGGGAUAUUCAACGUAAACAAUGCCAUCAACCAUCAAUAACAUCUAAUAAUCCUCAAAUAUCAUUAAAAAAAACAAAUUCAAUGAAUGUAAAAAUCGAUACAUAUAUUCAUCGUGCAGCUGAACAUUUACAUAUAUACUGGUGUUUAGUUGAACAUGAAUUAUUACAAAUAAAAAUAAAAGUUCCAAGAACUUUCUAUGUUAAUUAUUGUACACCAAUUGAAUUAAUUUGUAAUCAAACACAGCACUCUGCUAAUUAUGAACGUAUUAUAGAUAAUUGUUCACAAGUUUAUUAUUUAUGCGAAUAUCAUUUAGAUGAAAAUAUAUUUCGUGAUUAUUAUAUAGAUAUAAUGACCGAUUUAAGUAAUCCAAAUAUUGAAGGUGUUUAUGAAAUGAAUGUACCAUUAGAUUUUCAUUUACUUAUUAUAUUUGAUUGUAUAUAUACAUUACAUAAAAAACAUUAUCGUACAAGUAUGCUUUCAAAUCUAUAUUAA